AUGAACUUCACCUCGUUUUUCGUAGUUUUCACUGCACUCACAGUUUCGGUAAGAACUUUUUUUCACGUUUUACAGUGUUUUUAGGUUUAUUUUAUGUAUUUCUCGAUAUUUUCCGCGUUUUCAAAAUUUGCGAAUUUUUUAAUUGUAUAUUGUUUUAGACAAACGCAGACCAAGGAAUCUCCGCCCAAGAAGGAUCACUGUAUGAAAUAUGCGAUUGGUCCUUUUUAAAGUAAGUAGCUUUUGUUUUUUUAUAAUUGUUCAUGUUUACAAUUUAGUUUUACCUUGAUUUCUCGUAUAAAUUGAUAUAUUUUGAUCACUUUUGCAUGGCUUUUCGUUGUAUUCAAUAUUCUAUUGUGGUUUUUAGGAAUACAACGUUAUGUGGAGGUCCGUGUGGACCAGACUUUACUGGACCCAUGUGCAAUGAACCACUCUGUGACUACAAUGAUCCAGAAUGUUUAGAUAGAGUAUCUACGAUUAACUGGAAAAAGGUAGGUGUUAAACUUCUGUUCACUAUACUGUAAUAUAAAUAUAUACUAUAGAAUGCGUAUAUAUUAUCAACAAACUUUUUAAUUUGUUGUUUUUUAACUUUGUUCUUUAAAAAUCAUGUUUUAAUUCUGACUAUUUCAGGUGGUCUGGAUUGUGAUUCCUGUAUUUUUUGUUCUUAUCAAUUUUCUUGCUUGGUUUAUCGUCUACCUCAGAUUCAUGAGAAGGCGGAAUGUAUCUAUUGAGGAGUUUGUCAAGAUGAAGAUUCAGGUUGUUUAA